ACAAAAGCUAAACGAAAAUAAUUACGUUAAAACAAGUACUUUUCUCAACAGGUAUUUUCCCAUAUAAAUAUCAGUAUAUUUUUAACACAUAACUUACGUAGAAAUCAGACGCGACAGUACGUGUAUUUAUAAUAAAUUUGACUAACACCACGGACCAGGCACGCCUUCGGAAAGCGCGGUAAGGAGCGGCUGAGUUUGAAAACAAAACGGCACUUCAGGAAACUGUAAAACAACUGGACAAGGAUGUUACAGAACGAUGCAUUGCAUUAUGUUGACCUGGAGAAGACAGGGGAGACUCUUAUUGACCUUAUUGAGAGCAGUAAAGCUGAAGACGAGAUGAGGGUAACACGGAUGAAACAGCAGGCACUUUUUGACCACCACAUUGAGGCUAAGAAAACAGUCACUGAGCUCUUAAACAGCUUGGUGCAUGCUGAGGAGGUUGUUGGACAGAAGCUUUUGGAUCUGGAGGGUCAGAAGAGCCACAUGAUGCGGGAGCUGGAGAAAGUGGAGCAGCAGGUGCAGCAGAGCUUGGCCAAGAGCCACACUUUGGACUCGGAGAUACAAUUUCUUCAACGAGAGCUGGAGAGACUCAAAGACAGUGAGAAGGAAAUUCAGGCUCUGCAGCAGGAAGUUGAUGAAGACACAACUGAAGUAAUCCCCUCAGCCAUCUAUUUAGCUCAACUCUACUGUAAGGUUACCAGAAUUAAACUAGAGCUGGGUACCGAGCCCAACAUCCUGCGUGGAGUUCAUUAUAGUCAAGAUCUUGCGACUCCCAUCAACAUAGACACAUCGACCCGCUCUCCGUGUGAGGUCAGUGAUGAGCUCUGGAGCCUUGUCAGCACCGACUGGUAGAAUUCUGUUGGGCCAUGCCGGAGUUUAUCUGAAACUUUCCUUAAAUUUUGUCUUGUAUCUUUUUUUUUUUUUUUUAUGUUUUAUAUUUUUAUUAAUAAAUAAGUCAUAUAAACUAUA